CCUGCCCUGGGCCGGAUGCCGCAGCCCACAAUCCAAGUCCUGGGCACUGUCAAAUGGUUCAACGUCCGGAAUGGUUACGGCUUCAUCAACAGGAAUGACACCAAGGAAGAUGUCUUUGUACACCAGACAGCUAUAAAAAGAAACAACCCCAGGAAGUUUCUGCGCAGUGUUGGCGAUGGGGAGACUGUGGAGUUUGAUGUCGUGGAAGGAGAGAAGGGUGCAGAAGCUGCUAAUGUAACUGGGCCUGGAGGGGUGCCAGUGAAGGGUAGCCGUUAUGCCCCAAAUCGACGUAGGUUCCGCCGGUUCAUUCCCCGGCCUCGCCCAACUGCCCCUCCACCCAUGGUGGCAGAGGCCGCCUCUGGUGGGACAGAACCCGGAAGUGAAGGAGAGCGAGCUGAGGACUCUGGGCAGCGGCCCAGACGACGGCGUCCACCACCCUUCUUCUAUCGACGACGGUUUGUGCGAGGCCCUCGGCCUAACCAACAGCAGCCCAUAGAGAGCACUGAUGGGAUAGAAACCAAAGAAACAGCUGCACUGGAGGGGGACCAACAGCAGGGAGAUGACCGGGUGCCCCCACCCAGAUUCCGGCCCAGGUACCGAAGGCCUUUCCGCCCCAGGCCACCACAACAGCCAACUACAGAAGGUGGGGAUGGUGAGACCAAGGCCAGCCAAGGCCCCACUGAUGGUUCCCGGCCUGAGCCCCAGCGCCCACGAAACCGCCCCUACUUCCAGCGUCGACGGCAGCAGCCCCCUGGCCCCCGGCAGCCCACAGCCCCGGAGACCUCAGCCCCCAUCAACAGUGGGGACCCCACCACCACCAUACUGGAGUGACUCCAACUCAAAGGACACCCAGAGCUACCAUCUAGUUAUCUGCCAGUUUUUCCAACUGACCUACCCAGCACCCUCCUGCCCCCUUUCCAAUAAUUCAUAACAUCAAAAUACUGGCUUUUCCCCUUUUCUUUGAGACUCAGGAGGGCUAAAGCAAAAGCCUUUUGCUUUUGCUUUUUUUUUUUUUUUUCUCCCUCUCCCCCACCAAGGGUUAAAGGAAAGGAUCCAUCCUUAUUGUUCAGAGGCAUCAACUCCCACCCUAAGUCAGGCUGAGAAGGAACCAGCCAGCUCUUACCUCCUGGUUGUUUUUCCCGCUCCAGUUUAUUUUUGUUUCCUCUUGACCCCUAUCUCUGAAGCCAUUUAAUGAACUGUCAUGUGCCACCUGAGCCUCCAGUAAAAACAAAAACAGGC